AAGAAUUGCUUGCUCAGAGUCAGAGUCAAAGGCGAGAUUCACGAGAGCUGACACAGUGACAGAGAAAGUGCUCAGUCAAAUCACAAUGAGAUUCAACUCAUCAAUUGGUGUACGUUUGUUGGCAGUAUAAGCUGGACGCUUGCCAGAAUCCAAUCAGAUUUCAGACAAUGGCGACUGGGCACAGCGAAGCGCAGGUUGAAGAGAUUGUGAGCAGCAUCUUUCCAAGGAACCCGGGUUCUGUAGAUCUGAUGAGACCGGAGACCUCGCAGGUUUUGCAGAGCAUUUUGGAAGAAGCGCAUUCCAGAGAUGAGACUGUUAGGCUCUUGGCAAUCUGACGCUUCAAGGAUAUCUUCCGGCCAUUCCAGGAAACGACGUCUGCGCAAAGUGCAGUGCACGCAGCUGUCUUCCUCUUGGAAAGAGGUUCAUGAGAGCAAUCAACCAGGGACUGGAAGACUCACUUGCUGGACGGUGGCUUCUGGUGCCCAGCGCGGAAGACAUAGAAAUGCUGGCUGCUACUGCUGAUGGCUCAGUCCCUGCUCUGAUGAAGCCGUCAAUCUGUGCAAAUGCGGUAGAGUGCCUUGCGGUCGACAGCCGCACUGUGAAGUACAAGCUGAAAUUUUCACCGCGCCUGCCUUUCCUUCUAAAAACCCUCUUCUCCAAGGAGUUCACUCUACCAUAUGAUCAGGCUUCAAAGCCCUGGACAGCCCAAAUAAAACAAGCGGUCAUCUGUGCAAUCCCCAGGCUUUUUUCCUCUGAUGCUUUUCCGAAGGAGAUUGGCCAGAGCACGGACUUUCUCAUGGCAGUCAUGCAGAGCGCUGUUGCAUACUUUCAGGACAAGAUUGUGGUCAGGCAUGCCGCUUCAAUCAUCCACACUGCUCGACUCUACUGCUUUGUUAGAUCGUCUGAGUCCGUAACCCCUCUCGAGGAAAGCUUCCUCCGCUUUGCAGCAAAGCUUUUCACAGAGUCUUCCGACAAGACGUGGAUUUUGUGUAUCCUUGAGACACUAUCUACUUUCAUUGCGAGUCGUCUCCACAGUCUGGCCAAAGGCCAGAAACCCUUCCCUGAGAUUCCAGCACUCAGAUCGUCGGUUCUUGCCCUGCUUCUUUGUGAGGACGAGCUUCACAACAGCGUUGAUGCCAGGAGGCUCGCUGAUUUUGCGGGGUACCUGAAUCACUCAGCUGCUCUUGCUGCCAAGAGAAUCGAGGCCUUUCCAGGCAGCCAUUAUUCAAUGGAAGAGGUGAAGCAGAGCGCACGAGAAGACCAGGCAGCAGUGCAGAGAGCAUCACAGCUGAGGGGGAUUCUAUCAUCCCCCUCGGAAAUCGAGGGGAGCGGCCACAUGUACAUGUCAAGAUCGCGGGACAGGGAUGCAGCAGAGGAGGAAGCGCUGAACAAGGGCUUAGGUGCGGGGCGUGCAAGCUCGCCGUCUACUGUGGACCAGGGUGCCAGAAGGCUGCAUGGAAAGCAGGCCACAAGCAAGUUUGCAAAUAAGAGGAUGAUGUAUCUAGCAGGGGACAAAAUCUGGAUUUGGAUUGUGAAAAGAUCGGAUGAUGGGGCGUCUUAUAGAAGAAUUCAAUGA